CAUUGCCACUUACAUACACCGCAACGAAAGGGGUCGACCUAAGCAACGAUCGCGCGGCGCAGACAAUCAGCCAUGCAACCAAUCUACAUUUGGCCUCUUGCCGUAUGACCGAGAGUCUGCGCAUGCGCCACAAGACAGUUGCCUUCAGCUUUCUUUGGAUAGAGUUAGAGGAAAAGUGCAGUAGAUAAAUGGCAUGGCAGGAGAGUGUAGGGGCAGCUUUGGUACUUGAUGUAAUGGUUUUCGUAAAAUUGAAGCUGCAGCCAGUUUGCUACAUGCGAGUGUUAUUUGCAGGCGCGUGGGCAUCAUGCAUAAAUAGCAAUUGCUGGCUGACACAAAUGUUUGCAGAGAAAUCCGAAGCUUUGAAAGAGGAGGAAUUUAACUUAAAGUACAAGCACAACAACAGCAGCAAGAGCCGGCGAAGUGGUGAUAAUGGUGCUGGUGCUGGAGCUGGUGCGAUGCUAAUGCUGGCAGUGGUGGCGGUGGUCAAGUUUUCUCCUACUUAUUGUAAUGUGUGCAGAAUUCUCGUCUUGUUUUCGGUAUGGAAAUUAAUGCCGCUUGACAAAAAGGUUUUCUACAAUUCUGAAUUCCUAAAAUCAAUGAAUGGAUUUCUGGAAUAAUCCUUUUUACUACUACAAAUCCACGACAAUUAGGAAGGGGCGCUCGGCUGCUACUCUCACUCGCUCUCUAAAUGUAUAACAGUAGAACUGAUAUAAUUUCGGCUCUCUGAAAGUAACGGAUGCUUACAAGUGAAGACGAUAAAGAAUAUUAUAAUAAUUAGUUAUUAACACCAAAUGAUUAGAAUGAAGAAGAGAAGUUUAAAUAAAUUAAAGGCUAAAUAAUGCGCUGAUUCAAUUUAGUAAA